AGUUAAAAUCUUAACACCACUGCUACUGUGUACUAAACAAGACCCAAGAUGUAGAUAUAGAAUUUAGUAAAAUAUGAAACACGUAUAUCUAGAUCUAGGUCUAUGUCAAAUUACUUCUAGAGUAUGAUCUACCCCCCUUUAGAUCAAGAUCAAAUAAAGAAAAAUUAAAUGAACACCGAAACAAUAUUACCGAAUUAAAAUGACAAACAAAAAAGUUGGCUAGCUACAUAACACUGACAUACAACAGGUUAACUGAGGUUACAACCGAGGGUACAACUAGAACUAGACAGUCGUCAGUAGUAGACUAGAAGAUUGUAACAUUGUUACUGGCAAAGGUCGAAAGUCAAGGAACAUAACAUGAAUGUUACACAUGGACUAUCAAAUGCUGCUGUGUCUCUGUGACUUCAAAGCAUAUGCUAGACUGCAAUAUGACAUACAGGAUUCUUAACAUUUGCUGAUAAUUAACUAACCAUCAAGAUGAAUCGUGUUAUUACCAAACCUCCACCACCCAUAGAUAGAGGAUGGGCAUGGAUGAUAGUUCUGGGUGUGUUUAUCUGCACAUUCUUCAUGGUUGGAAUAGCAAAGUCUUAUGGGCUUUUCCUGUUGGCUUUUAGAAAUGAGUUUCAGACAUCCACCUCUCUGGCUACAAUGCCAAUGAGUGUAGCGUCAUUUGUUUAUGCUUUUGGAGCACCAACUGCGCUACUUCUGGCUGAAAAAUUUACUGCCCAGAAGGUGGUGAUAGCUGGAGCCACAAUUGGACUGAUUGGAAUAGCUUUGAGUAGCUUGCUCUUGAGUAUGCCCUAUGUUAUUGUGCUUUAUGGAUUGUGUGUUGGAAUGGCAAACUCUUCCUUUUUUGGAAAUGGCCUCGUUAUGAUUGGCAAGUACUUUAGGAAAUAUCGGUCUCUGGCUACUGGGGUUGGUUUAGCUGGAGCAAGCAUCGGUCAGUUUGCCAUGCCACCUAUUAUCCAGAUUCUUCUGGACAAGUACAGCUUAUCUGGGACUUUGCUUAUCGUAUCAGCAUUGUACUUCCAUGUAGCAGUAGCUGGUGCCCUGUUUCGACCCAUUGAGAAGUAUGGCCCACCACCUGAAGCUCUUGGAAAUCAAGCACCAAAAGAGGAGCAGAAAGAGCUUCUAAAUGACAUUAAAAAGGAAACUGUGGAACCUGGGGAAUCAGUAAAGAAUGGAGCUACUGUACAGGCUGAUGAUGUUGUGCCAUUAGAUGAGAGCAGAGAGGACAAGUCACCCAUGUUACCAAACCAAAAUGGUUCUGAUGUUGACAUGAAAGCAGUCUUAUCUAGCACUGGUAGCAUCCACCUGCUUCCAUCUCCAGAGGCAGAGAAACCAGUGGCAUUGCCAAAAAAAGGACCUAGGUGGCAAAUGUUUGACUUUAAAGUUUUGUAUAGCAUUGUAACACUUUUAUUCACUCUAGUCUCCUUUUUGGUAUUUUUUGGAUAUUUCAAUUUCAUCAUCUUCUUACCGAGUGUUCUGAAGUCAAAGGGCAUUGAACACUUCAAUGGAGCACUGUUGAUAUCAAUCUGUGGUGCCGGAGAUCUCAUUGCCAGAAUCGGGACUGGAAUUUUAGCAGAUACCAACAUUAUUGCCAGGUAUAAACUUAAAUCGUUGGCGUGCUUUUUGUGUGGAGUGACCAUUCUCAUCUUCCUCUUUACUGACAAGAUGGAAGUGCUCGGUGUCCUCUCUUUCUUGUACGGAUUUUUUGGAGGAGCCUAUGUGAUAUUGUUCUCGGUAGUUCUGUUAGACUUGGUGGGCUUGUCUCUGAUGUCGAAGAACCUGGCUGUGGUCCUUCUUGUCCAGGGAGUUGGUGCAUCUGUUGGGCAGAUCUUCCUGGGUAUGUCUAGAGAUGCCACCGGUUCCCAUAAUCUUAUCCUCAUCUUGUGUUCACUGACUAUGAUAGUUGGAGGUGUCCUGCUGUUUGCUUACCCACUAUUCAGGAAAUGUGAAGAGGCUAGGCUUCAGCGACUAGAGAGGCGUCAAAUGUUAAAUCCUUGAGAUCAAGCUGCUGGACGUUUUUUUAAUGACUUUGCUAUUAACAAAAAAUAAGGAUUAUGCUUGGAAAAUGUCUGUACACAGUUACCUGAACAGGGAAAUCCUUGUAAAUCAUUCAUAUAAAAUAUGAACUUGUGAUUCAGCUAGAUUUUUUAUAAAAUAUGUUUUCUUUGCAUUGUUUUAGCUAUGAUAUUUUUUUUGUCUUUUUAUGCAGUGAAAUUGAUAAACAGACAACACAAACACAAUUGUGUCUAUAUGGGAGAAACUACAAAUCUUGUUUGUCUAGAGAUUUUUAUUUUAAGCGUGUGCCCUUUUUUUUUUUUUUGAAAGAAAUUAUUAUUUGUUGUAGUUUAUAAUUUUGUAUUGAUUCCAUGAGAUUAUGUUAAAAAAAUGGGGACAACUCUUGGACAAGUUUUCAUCAUAUUUUACUGCAGUAAUACUGGAACUUCGCUAAGUGAAUGGUUUAUAUUUUAUUUUUUUCAUUUUAUUUCUGAAAUUUCUUUGAUUUUAAUUGUAUAGCACUACUUCAGUCUUGCAACAAAUUUCAAUGUACACUUGAGUGUACUGUACACAUAAGUUGUCCAAAUAGAAUCUGUUUUGGCAGAUAUUAAUCUCCAUAAGCUAAUGAGCUCAUACUUCAGAAAGUAAUCUCUACAAAGUUUCUCCUUAAAUGUUUUUUCUCUAGAAAUAUUUCUUCUUGAUCAUACAUUGGAGGAAAUCUUUUUUUCAAACCAAAGUCAAUUUUUGACUUCAUUUUUGAAUACCGGUAAUUUAUUGUUAAUAUUGUAUGUUAAACUUUGUGUGAAAAUAAAUUGCCUGUAUAAAAUACAAUGUAGACUGAUAUUAAAGUGCAAAUCAUAUGCUAUGUCUAAUUUUUAUCAUGUUAAUAUAGCAAAUCACAUGGUAAUGAUAUUUGUUAAAUUUAACUUACACUGACCUCCAUUAUGUCUAUAUAUAAUGUGCAGUAUUCUUGAUGCAUUUCUAUUUACUUUUGAAAGAUUUCUGAAUUUUAUUCUGUUUAGUUGAAAUAUUUUAUACAUUCAUAGUGAAUUUGUUUCUUUUUUAAGUUUGAUUCUCAUUUUAACUUGUUUCAAAUUUUUUAAUGUGUGAUCUGUUUUAUGAUCUCCUAAUUGAAAUGUAUUUUCUAGCAUGCUCCAGAAAAUCUGUUUAUACUGUCACUUCCAUACCUAAAACUUAACACUGUUCAAUGUUUUUACUUGUAAAGAAAAAAAUACCUUUUGUCUUAUUUAAAAAAUGAUUUUAUUCACAAUUGUUGUUAGUCGUUAUAGUUAGUUAUUAUAGUUAUAUAGUUAGUGGUUAUAUAGUGUUGACCUUACAAUGCAGCAAUCUUGUUUAAAAUAUUUGUAAAUAUUUAUAUGUUCUAUCAUUUAGCAUUUUUGCUUUUGUGUUUAGACCAAAUGAUGUUUGUUGAAAUCUGUGGUUGUAUAGAAUUAUUUUUAGAACUUUUUUGGCUGAUUUUAUAUCUUGUUUAAACAUUGUACAUCUCUAGUCCUUUCUAUCAGUGCGAGUCUUUUCUUUUAAUAGCUGGAUACAAAAACUUGUUAUUUAAUUGUGGAUUUUUAAAUGAUGAUUACAUAAUUAUUAAGAAAUAUGAAUGUGGGGACGGCUUGUGGAUUGAUAUGGAAACCUUUAAAGCUUGUUUACAUAUGUGUAUACUGUAUUUCCAUUUCUGCAUAUAACCUGCAUACAACCUGCAUACACAUAUAGCCCACACAAGCGUAUAACCCACAAAAAUAAAAAAAGAAGUAAAAACAAUAUCAUACAACCUGCAUACUUGAUAGACCCCGCAUGUGAUACGAUCCUAUGGUUGUAUCUGUACACAGUGAACUAUAGAAGGUUUAAAGACCUGCCAGUAUGUCCAUAGUUUCUGUUAUGCUAUUUUUAUGAGUAAAACAAAACUUCACAUCUUUGUACACCCCACAUAGAUGCCAUUUGUUUGUAAAAACUAACAAUUGCGUGUCUCUAUGCGAAACGGAUGGUGCGGGACCCAGUCUGUUGUGUAGGGAUAAAGAUAAUAAGUGAAAAUUAAGAUUUUGUAUUAGAAAAUAAAUUCGUCUUUGCACUUUACUCAGUCUUUACUCAGUACAAAGUUACGAUAAAAUUAACUUUACUUUACAAGCCUUGCGUGUAACGCAGUCAUACAUUAUAUCUCAUCAAAAUUCAUUUCCUACAUAGAUCACGCUCAAUAGUAAGAGUUGUCAAAUUUUUCAAUCUUUCUCCAUGAAUUGUUGUCCUCAAGUAAUUCUUUAUCAGUUUGAGGCGCGUGAAGAUUCUUUCACCCGAUGCCACAAUUAUGGGUAUUAAAAAUAUUGUGAGUGCAACAAAGUUUUAGAAAGUAGUGUAUCUUUCAUUAGUGGACUGGAGUGUUGGCGGUAUUUGGUCGAACAUGCCUUAAAAAUUCCAUUUCAUCUGCUAAUUCUCACCCACAUAUAUCCGCUUACUGGUCAAUUGAUGACAUCAAUGCUUGCUCGAGGCUCAGGCUGGCUGUAAACUUUCUAAUGUCAUCACGCUGAAAUCUGACAGGAAACCCAAAUAGAUUGUGGUUAGAUUUCAACUGUUUUAAUCUCGGCUGCAAGUAUUGAAUUGCAUUGUCCACAAUUCUGUUGAAGCAAUUUAUCCUGUAGUCAUCUUCAGCAUUUCCAGGAAUGAAGUUUUCCACAGAUUUGACGUUUGGCUGGAAAAAUUGAAAUAACUUCCAUGUUCUUAGCCAAUUCAUUUGCUGUAAUAAGAAUCUGAACAAACCCAUCAACUCACAGUUUCUUUAGCCAAGUCAUCAAGUUAUUGUGCAAAUCUAUUGGAGUGAUCAAAUCUACUGUUUCACCUAGCAGAUCUUUACUCACAAAAAUGACUUGGACAAGCAUGGCGUACCAUAACACAAGUGACACUAGGAGUUUGUACUAUUCCCAUGUUUCCUACAGUGUUUCUGCUUCACUGUUAAUUAUCGCAUCAUUAGUCUCUUCAGCUAAUUCAUUGAGUGCGUCACAAAUUUCAGGAAAUUGAUAACAAAGUGCUUUCACAUAAUCUACACAAUUUUGUCAAUUUUUCAAGAGAUUUGAUUUUGAGUUUUCAGAAUAUUUUCAGGACAGGACUUUUUCGUAUAAUUUGCAAUUUCAGGAACUUUCCAAGAGAUGCUGGAAAAUCAGGAGGCAGUUAAAUAUUAAUUUAAUAAUUUACACCUAGAAUUAGCCCCUGGGUUAUAUGUGCAAAAAUACAGUAAACACAUAUAAUAUAUAUGUAAGCAAAAUCUUAUUUUUUAAAAAAAAAGGUGUAAUACAAAAUCUUAUUUUUUUUAAAAAAAAGGUGUUAUGUUUUGUAUUGAAUUAAUAUUUUUAAGAUAUUUUUACAAAAAGAAAAAGAAUUUUUUUUCACAGACCUUAUAGCAAGAACUACAUUUAUGAUAGCUGAACUUUUUUUCUUUUUUACUCAGUAAUUGAAAUGAAGAGUUCUUGAAAGAAGACCAACUUGUAGUCUCUGUAUCAUUCCAUGAGGCUUUGACAAAACAAAAAGUUAUAUGUGCCAGUAGUCUGUACAUUUUAAUUUUACUGUACAAAAAGAUAUUUUGUUAUAAUUUCUUACAUUUUUGUGUGUUUAAAAUAUUUAUUUGACCAAACAAAAUAAUAAUUUUAAAAAUGUUGACAUACCCCCACCUUAACUCAUCACUGACCUCUGUAUCAAUGUGAUAUUCAUUGUAUAUUGUUGGGUCUGAGCCUGACAAACAUAUUCUAGUGAUUUCUACCUCUUUUAAUAAAGAAAAAAAACAAAGCGUGUGAUUAAAUGUAUUAUUACUCCAUAAAUCGUUUCUGACAUCAAUACAUUGACACUACUGUCAAAUGCACAUUUUCGUCCAUGUUUUGAUUGAGAUACUCAAAUGUAUUAUUGAAGCAAUAAAUGAAGGAUGCCUUAAGUUCUUUGGUAAUAAAUUAUGUUUGUCAUGAAACAGUCACAUCGGAUCACCAGACUUUGGUUCUAUGCCUGGGGAUGUUUAUGUUUUGUUUAAAGAGUUAAGACUUUAUAUGUCCACAUAUUAAUAAAGACUGUUGUCAAACACAUUUUAAUGGCAUGUUUAAUGACACAGUGGAUGACAUGUUAAUGACAUUUGAUGACAAAUUGAUUAUAUGUUUAAUGACAUUAGAUGACAUUUGUUGAUAUGUUUAAUGACAUGCUUGAUGACAGAUGACAUUUUCAUUUGGCUUCAGUGUAUAUUUUAGUCAUUGAACUUUAUGCAUUUCAGAUGAAUGUUUGGUUGUUUUUUUCAAUGUGUGAAAAGUAAAUACUUUAGAAAAACACAGGCAUACAUUUUAUAAAAAUCUUCAGUGCUAUAUUUUGCUACUUAUUAUCCUACAUGUUAUAAAGACCCAUAGUGCUACAUGUUUUAAAAGCCCACUUACAGUCCCACAUAAUAUUUAAGUCUUUAAAACAAAUAGGCAUCCCAAUUGAACAUUGGUGAGUCACAUCAACUUUGGUACCAAACUCUCUUUACACACUAUGUAAAAGUCCCACCAGCUGUCUCAGCAUUCAUCCUUACAGUGUACUGUAUCUUUACAUGCAUGUAAAAAGUUUUUUUUUUAGAUCAUUUCAUUUGCAGCGAAAGGUUUGUUAUUUUAGAUCAUUUCGAUUGCAGCGAAAAGUUUGUUUGUUUUUUUUUAGAUCAUUUUGUUUGCAGCUAAAAGUUUGUUUUUUUUUAGAUCAUUUCGUUUGCAGUGAAAAGUUUAUUUUUUUUUAGAUCAUUUCGUUUGCAGUGAAAAGUUUAUUUUUUUUUAGAUCAUUUCAUUUGCAGCUAAAAGUUUGUUUUUUUUUAGAUCAUUUCAUUUGCAGCUAAAAGUUUGUUUGUUUUUUAAGAUCAUUUUGUUUGCAGCUAAAAGUUUGUUUUUUUUUUAGAUCAUUUUGUUUGCAGCUAAAAGUUUGUUUUUUUUUAGAUCAUUUCGUUUGCAGUGAAAAGUUUAUUUUUUUUUUAGAUCAUUUCAUUUGCAGCUAAAAGUUUGUUUUUUUUUAGAUCAUUUCAUUUGCAGCUAAAAGUUUGUUUGUUUUUUAAGAUCAUUUUGUUUGCAGCUAAAAGUUUGUUUUUUUUUAGAUCAUUUUGUUUGCAGCUAAAAGUUUGUUUUUUUUUAGAUCAUUUCGUUUGCAGUGAAAAGUUUAUUUUUUUUUUAGAUCAUUUCAUUUGCAGCUAAAAGUUUGUUUUUUUUUAGAUCAUUUCAUUUGCAGCUAAAAGUUUGUUUGUUUUUUAAGAUCAUUUUGUUUGCAGCUAAAAGUUUGUUUUUUUUAGAUCAUUUCAUUUGCAGUGAAAAGUUCGUUGUUUUUUUAGAUCUUUUCGUUUGCAGCGAAAAGUUUGUUUGUUUUUAGAUCAUUUCAUUUGCAGCAAAAAGUUUGUUAUUUUAGAUAAUUUCGUUUGCAGCUAAAAGUUUUUUGUAUUUUUAGAUCAUUUCAUUUGCAUCGAAAAGUUUGUUAUUUUAGAUCAUUUCAUUUGUAGCAAAAAGUUUGUUAUUUUAGAUCAUUUCAUUUGUAGCAAAAAGUUUGUUAUUUUAGAUCAUUUCGUUUGCAGCAAAAAGUUUGUUAUUUUAGAUCAUUUCAUUUGUAGCAAAAAGUUUGUUAUUUUAGAUCAUUUCAUUUGUAGCAAAAAGUUUGUUAUUUUAGAUCAUUUCGUUUGCAGCAAAAAGUUUGUUAUUUUAGAUCAUUUCAUUUGUAGCAAAAAGUUUGUUAUUUUAGAUCAUUUUGUUUGCAGCUAAAAGUUUUUUGUAUUUUUAGAUCAUUUCAUUUGCAUCGAAAAGUUUGUUAUUUUAGAUCAUUUCGUUUGCAGCAAAAAGUUUUUUUUUUUGUUUUUUUUUUACAAAGAGACAUGGACAGAAACUUGGGUGUAAACAGAAAAAUAAAGAUGCUCAGAUGC